GAACCUUUCCCUUUCGAUUGUGACUAGUGAGCAGCUUGAAGUUUUCGCUCUUCUUCCGUAAACGAUAGCUUUCUUGUCCAUUCAUACCCGAAACUUUGCUUGGUUGAGCCCCUCCUCCUCAGGUUAUCGUAUCACCGACGCUGGUAACCAGCCACCUCCAACUUCGACUCUCUCGCACCCAACAUCGGAGGCUUGAGUCACGAGAAGCAUGGCGACCACAGAGCGACAGCCUCCAUCAUCCGUCGAGGGAUCCAGCCCCAGCCGCCCGACAAUGUUUCAUCGGCUUUCAGACAACGCCAUUGACGAGACUUCGGAUGCCGAUAGCGAUUUCGUCAAGUUGCAGAAAACCAUCAGCAAGGAGAGGCGGGAAGCUAGGGAGAGCCCCCAAGCUCGUUUGCAGCGAGCAUGCCCCUUCACCUUUCACCCCAACAUCAGACCCCUCAGCAAGUCUGACUACGAAUCCUGUAUUGCGCUGGAGAAUGCGGCCUUUCCGGACCCGGCACACAGAGCUACACCAGAAAAGUUCGAUUACCGACUCUCAACCUGUCCUGAGCUGAGCCUAGGUGUCUUUUGCACAGUGGUGCCAGAAAAAGCCAAGAAUUGGACAAUCGAAACCUUGGAUACUGCCAAGCCUGUAGAAACCGAUCGUCCCAAUGGCGCAAAGAGCGUCCUGGUGGCACAUAUCGUGGCUACGCGCUGCACCGGAAACACCAUUACAGACAAGGAUAUGGACUAUCCCAAAGACUGGCGAAGUCGUCACGGUCGGUCGGCAGACGUA